GUAUUAAGUUUGACUGGCAGUUAAGCGCCCCUGUAUCCCUGAUCCCAACCCGCUAGCCUUACCGACAGUUCCUAUUUCAAAUUUAGAUUCCCAAAAUAUCCGCUUCUUCUUGUACACUGAAUCAAAAUAUCAAAUAGCGCAAUUUCUUCUGAAGCCAUUCACUCAGAUCAAGACUAGAACAUUUUAAAAAAAUACGACACUGAAGGUUCAUUUUUGCUCAAUUAUUGAAUCUUCAAGAAGAAGCAACCAGCACGUUCGGGGCAGUUCUGGUAAUCAGGACGAAUAUCUAGACUUCAAGUAAGGGAGCAAGGUAGCUUUAACUGUUAGUCGUGUUAGCUACUUUUGAAUCUGUGGUCACAGUGAAAUUUAGUAGCUACUAGUGACAUUCGCUUCACUUCAAUUCUGGUGAAAGUUCAUACAGUUGCAGGUUAGCAGUUGGUAGAUUUAUCAUUUCCAAGAUCUUGAGAUUAAUUUGACGAAAUGCUUGUGUCUGCUCUUCUAACAUCUCUAGGAAUAAAUUCUGGCCUUUGUAUUUUGUUCAUCACACUGUAUUCUAUAUUGCGGAAACAACCAAUUCAUUAUGAAGUUUAUAUACCGCGCUUGCUGGCAGAAGGAAGUUCUAAACGAAGAAGUAAUUUUAAUCUAGAAAGAUUAAUACCUUCUACUGGUUGGGUCAAAAGGGCAUGGAAGCUCACUGAAGAUGACCUAUUGGCAUCCUCAGGCUUGGAUGCUGUAGUUUUUAUGCGGAUUAUUACCUUCAGUUUGAAAAUAUUUGUGUUCGCUGGGAUUAUAGGAAUUUUUGUUAUUCUUCCAGUUAACUGCACGGGAACUCAGCUUCAUGAGGUUGACUUUGCUGAUUUUUCAAAUAAUUCUCUGGAUGUCUUUACCAUUUCAAAUGUUAACAGUGGCUCAAAAUGGUUAUGGAUUCACUUCAGUGCUGUGUAUCUUGUCACCGUAUUCGUCUGUUAUCAACUUUAUUAUGAAUAUAAUUAUAUAUCUUUGAAAAGGAUUGCCUAUUUUUAUUCUUCUAAACCUCAGCCACAUCAAUUUACCAUCUUAGUUCGGAGUAUCCCUGUUCCUGCUGGGACCACUGUCAGUGACAGUGUUGAGAGAUUCUUUAGAGAGUACCAUUCUUCCACCUAUCUGUCACAUACGGUUAUCCGCCGGACAAGUAAACUUCGAAGUCUUGUUAAUGAUGCAAAUAAACUGUAUAGAAGACUUACUCGCUUACAGUCUGAUCCCAAUCAAGAAAAGUAUAAGCGUGUUAGAUUGUUUGGAGAAAAGGUUGAUAUUUUGGAUCAUUAUGAGAAGCAGUUAGAAGAUAUUGAGGAGAAUUUGAGAUUGGAGCAAUCAGAGGUUUCGUUGGCAGGAGAUGAAGUUCGAGCUGCCUUUGUUUCUUUCAAGUCUCGAUAUGGUGCUGCAAUUGCUUGCCACAUGCAACAAUCAACCAAUCCUACAAACUGGGUCACUGAAGAAGCUCCUGAACCACAUGAUGUUUACUGGCCUUUCUUUUCUUCAUCAUUCAUACGAAGAUGGAUCUCUAAGCUCGUGGUCGUUGUCACAUUUAUUCUUCUCACAAUUUUAUUUAUUAUUCCAGUUGUAUUUGUGCAAGGUCUUACUAACCUGAGUCAGUUGGAAGUUUGGUUUCCAUUCCUGGAAAGCGUUCUGACCAUAACAUUUGUCAGUGAAGUCAUUACAGGAUACCUUCCCAGUCUUAUUCUUCAGUUGUUUCUGAAGAUAGCGCCCCCUAUCAUGCUGUGCCUUUCCUCCAUUCAAGGAUACAUAUCUCACAGUGACAUAGAUAAGAGUGCAUGUAACAAAGUACUUUGUUUCAAUAUAUGGAACAUCUUUUUUGCAACCGUAUUUUCUGGAUCAGUUCUAUAUCAGAUCAAUAUCUUUCUUGACCCAAAGACUAUUCCAGCAAGGCUAGCUGUUGCUGUUCCAGCUCAGGCAUCAUUUUUCAUUGCUUAUGUUGUCACAUCAGGAUGGACUAGCACUUCCUCAGAACUCUUUCGAAUAAUACCUUUUAUAUGUAGUAUAAUAAGAAGACCUUUCACUAAAAGUACAGAUGAUGAUUUUGAAGUUCCAUCUGUCAAGUACCACAGUGACAUUCCUAGAAUUCUGUUAUUUGGACUUCUUGGUAUUACAUAUUUCUUCCUAGCUCCACUAAUUCUGCCCUUCCUCUUGAUUUACCUCUGUCUUGCAUACAUCAUCUACCGUAACCAGUUCAUGAAUGUAUAUGAACCGAAGUAUGAAACUGCUGGGAAGUUUUGGCCUAUUGUGCACAAUUCGAUGAUAUUUUCUCUGGUACUCAUGCAUUGUAUUGCAGUGGGAAUCUUUACAUUGAAGAAACUCUCUCUAGCUUCAACUUUAAUUUUUCCUCUUCCAGUCCUUACACUUCUAUUUAAUGAAUACUGCCGGAAACGCUUCCGACCGAAUUUCAUUGCCUACUCUGCUGAGGUUUUGAUAAAGAAAGACAGGGGAGACGAGAAUGAUGCUACCAUGGGUGAAUUUUUUGAUGAAUUGAUCACCGCCUAUCAGGAUCCGGCCUUGCUGCCAGUUCAUUACUCUUCAAAUGUUGACAGUCUUAAUAGUCCUCUUAUAUCUUCCUCUGAAAGAGCCUAAGGUAUGAUUUGCUGAUUCUCUUCGAAAGGUGAACAAUGUCCAUCAUUUACUGCCAUGUUCAUUAGAAGUACUUGAUGAAUUUUCUUCUUCACCAAGAGUAAAAAGCAUAAGUUGUUCGCACAAAAGAGUGUUUAUCCUAAGCUUGCAUUCCUCUGCAAAGAUCUGAAUGUACAUAUUGUGAAAAGUGUGAUGGCAUAAGCGUGUGCAGUGUGCACGGAUCUUUUUUGUGUAUUGGCAUGUAACUUCACCAUAACCAAGUUUGCAAAUUCAAUCCACUUUAUAUUGUUGUUUGAA